AUGGGCUCGGCUACAGCGCCAUGUCGCACUCCCUCCCCGUCUUCCUCUGCCUCCGCUGCGCCCCAAACCCCGGGCGAGGCUGGCACUCUUCGGAUCAUCACUGACCUACGCACAAAGCAACUCCCUCCCCCGUCGCCUCGAAAGAGAGUCUCGAUCGCAACUCGCAGAGAUAUCGACGGCGCCGUAUCGCCUUUCACAUCCCAGCCUCAGACACCAUGGCCAGAUAACUCACCACCUACGCAGUCGAGGUCGUCAUCCCUCGCUUUUAACUACGAUAUCUUCAACACGAGCCCCAGGCGGUGGCCUCCCACCCCGAGGAUGGGCACCUUACCAGAAGAGCGGGAAACGCUGAUAAAUCAGGCUGGCAGGUCGUCCAAGGAUGCAUAUCCGCGGCUUUCUCAGGACAGUGUCACAACUGCCUCGACGGCUUCGUUGGUCCUGGAGAGUCUAAAUUUGUCACAUGCUACGGAGAAGCGCUCGCAGCCCACAGACUACCGGGACGAUGACAGUGAUCCUGAGUUGCCCCGGUUUAAGGACAAGAACUACACCAUUGGCGGACAGCGCAUGUCCAGAGGGCUGAAGCGCGCGCUGUGGGUCCUCUCAGCCAUUGCAGUCGUCGGAUGGGGGCUCGCGCUACUGGCCUUCCUGGCUGGAGGUCGAUAUAAGCAUGCCUCGACGUUAGACUACGACCACGAGACGCCGAUCAAGAGCUCGGGAAAGAAGGUUACCAUGGAACAGAUUAGGAACGGGCAGUGGUCGCCCAAGUACGCCAAUAUCGAGUGGAUCGCUGGGCCCAAUGGCGAGGACGGGCUGUUAUUGGAGAUCAGUCGGCAGGGAAAGGAUUAUCUUGUCGUCGAGGAUAUUCGGAGUCGGACCUCGUCCGCGGCGAACGCUUCCAACGCCAGGACCUUGGUGAAGAGCGGGUGGAUCAACUAUGGCGGAGAACAAUAUUGGACUUCAGACUUCUGGGUCAGUCCGGACAUGAAGAAGGUUCUGCUGCUGGCGAAUCCCGAAAAGGUGUUUCGACACUCCUUCCUCGGACUGUACUUUAUCCUCGACGUGGAGACGCAGAACGCUCAGCCGCUCGAUCCAGCUCUGCCAGACGCGAAGAUUCAACUCGCUCAAUGGUCACCCCAGAGCGAUUCUAUUGUGUUUACGAGAGACAACAACAUGUUCCUGAGGUCACUCGCGUCGACCCAGGUGACCACGAUUACAACCGACGGAGGGCCCGAGUACUUUUAUGGGAUUCCGGACUGGGCGUACGAGGAAGAAGUCUUCGGAACCAACACAGCCACAUGGUGGGCGAGGGAUGGCCAGUACCUCGCUUUCCUACGCACCAAUGAGACCACCGUCCCAGAAUAUCCGGUGCAAUAUUUCCUCUCAAGGCCGAGCGGGAAAACGCCCGUUGAGGGCCUGGAGAACUACCCGGAGGUCAAGGAGAUUAAGUAUCCAAAAGCUGGAGCACCGAAUCCUGUGGUGGAUAUGCUGUUUUACGAUAUCGCGAAACAGGAGGUCUUCUCCGUGGACAUCGAGGGUGGGUUCCCAGACGAAGACCGCAUCAUCUUUAAUAUUGUUUUUGCGGACGACGGAAAGGCACUGGUCUCAGAGUCGAACCGCGAGAGUGACCGUGUAAGGAUUGUCCUUGUCGAUGUUGCCGCACAAUCAGGGCAUACUGUCAGAAUCGUUGACUUGAAAGACGUGGACGGAGGCUGGAUUGAGCCCACGCAACAGACAAAGUACAUCCCGGCCGAUCCCGACAAUGGCCGCCCUCAAGAUGGCUACGUCGACGUUGUCAUUUCUGACAACGGCAAUCACUUGGCUUAUUUCUCCCCAUUGAACAGCUCGAUUCCGGUCAUGCUGACGAAAGGGAACUGGGAAGUGGAUGGUGGGCCAGCAGCUGUCGAUUUGCAAAACAAUCUGGUGUAUUUCACGGCGGCCAAGCAAGCCCCUACGCAGCGCCAUGUGUAUAGCGUCAAGCUGGACGGUACCGACAUGCAAUCACUCGUGCCCACCAAUGAAGCCGGAUACUGGGAGUCCUCAUUCUCUUCCGGCGCAGGCUACAUCAGCCUAAAAUACACCGGACCCAACAUCCCCUACCAGAAAGUCAUCUCCACUCCGGCCAAACCGGAGAAAAUCUCCCAAGUCCUGGAAGAAAACAAGGCACUCGCUCAAAUGGCAUCCUCGCACGAACUGCCCCACCAAAUCUUCCAGAACGUAACCGUUGACGGGUAUACCCUACAGGUCGUGGAACGGCGGCCGCCUCACUUCGAUCCCAAGAAGAAAUAUCCCGUCCUGUUCUACCUGUACGGCGGCCCUGGCUCGCAAAUGGUCAACCGCCGCUUUCACGUCGAUUUCCAAUCCUACGUCGCGUCCUCGCUUGGUUACGUCGUCGUCACCGUCGACGGGCGCGGCACAGGCUUCAUCGGCCGCGAAGCCCGCACCAUCAUCCGCAACAACCUCGGCUCCUACGAGGCGCACGACCAAAUCGCCACGGCAAAGAUCUGGGCCAAAAAAUCGUACGUCGACGCCGACAGGAUCGCCAUCUGGGGAUGGUCAUACGGCGGGUUCAUGACGCUCAAGGUGCUCGAGACGGACGCGGGCGAGACAUUCAAAUACGGCAUGGCGGUCGCGCCCGUCACGGACUGGCGCUUCUACGAUAGCAUCUACACCGAGAGGUAUAUGCGCACGCCGCAGAACAAUCCGCAGGGGUACGACAAGUCGGCCAUCUCCAACGUGACGGCGAUGGCGCAGAACGUGCGGUUCCUCAUCAUGCACGGCGUGGCCGACGACAACGUGCACAUGCAAAACACCCUGACGUUGCUGGACAAAUUUGAUCUGGCGGGCAUUGAGAAUUACGAUGUGCACUUCUUCCCGGAUAGUGACCACAGUAUUCUGUUCCAUAACGCCAAUAGCAUCGUGUAUGAUAAGUUGGGGACAUGGUUGGUCAAUGCGUUUAAUGGGGAGUGGUACCGCACAGAAGAUCCACGGCCCGUCGAGACAGGCGAGGUGAAUGACGAUCUGGGUGAGAGGGGGACGAGGUGA